AUGAAAGCUUCUUCUGCUAGAAUUACCCAGAGCGAGGUAUUGCCCCUCAAGUCUGACCUUGGAGCUUUGGCCAACAGAAUUAACAAGAGGACCCAGACUGCUCACAACAGCAUCAACAAGUUGAUGGUGCUCAAGUUUUCGCUUGCGCUCAGAGAUGCAAAAAUCUACAGACAGGGCAUCCAGAUGUACUACCACGUUUUCAAGUCCAUCGAGAAAUCCUUACAACGCGAAAUGGCCAGAGAUACGCAAUAUGCAGAGAUCCUCAAGGCGAUAUACAGACCUGCCAUCCUCAGAACCGAAAGAUUACACCAGGACUUGAUGUUUUUCUACGGAGAUGAAAAGAAGUUCGCGACUCCAAUUUUGGAGAAGCAAAUCGAAUUCUGUGAACACAUCGAGAAGGUGACACAGGAAAAGCCAUACUUGUUGCUUGCCUAUAUGCACGUGUUGUACUUGGCUCUCUUUGCUGGUGGAAAGAUCUUCAGCUCGAAGCUGGCACAGACCUUGGGUAUGUUCCCUCACGUUGAGGGGAAGACCGCCGAGGAGGUGAUGCUUGGAGCAACCACAUUCUUCAAGUUCGACGUGGAGGAUGACGAGAGCCUGAGAAUCGAGUACAAGAGAGACUAUGAACUGGCCACUAGAAACUCUCUGACCGAGCACGAGAAGCAGGAGAUUAUUGAGGAGUCGCAGUACGUGUUUGUGACCAACUCUGAGUGUGUCAAGGAGAUUGAGACUCAUAACUUAAAAAGAUUGCAGGGCAAGUUGGCAUACCAGGUUGCUACCAAGGGCUAUUACGUCAUGUGGGUCCUUGCAGUGUUGUGUAUGAUGUACUAUGUGAGGAGCUUCAUUUAA